AUGGAAGUGUCAGCACAAAAUUUUGAAACAGGUUUUUACAAAAAGAAAACAAAAGUGUUUUAAAAAUAUUUUUUCAGAGUUGUCAAAUUGUAGCAUUUCUGAAACCGAUAUUACACUGAAUAGUUUGGAGAAUGUAACAAUUUUGGAAAAAUGUACGUUUAUAUUUUUCUUGGUUCUCACAAUCAAUCAAUAAAUUUCAAUUUUUAAGUGAUUACCGCAAUUGGAUCUUCAUUCGAAUCAACUCUCGAUUCCGAAGAUGAUGAUUUGUCUGUAAAAACUGCUGAAUCAUUUGAUAUGGAUGUUCGAGCAUAUGCUGAACCAUCACUUCCAACAUCAGCUGAAUAUUAUUCAUUCAAAGAAGACUGUUAGUUUUCACUUUAAAAUUAUUUUUAUCAAAAAAUAAUAUUCAACAUUUCAGAUGAAAUCUAUGACUUCAAAAAUAAUCACCAACUUGAUCAGGAUAUUAUUUACAACUCGAAUGGCGAUAUUAAAGGUGAGUUUCUUUCCUUAAAAAUUUCAAAAUAAUUGGGGUUAUAUAGCAUUCGAUAUAAUAACACAUGAUAAUCGAGUAAGAGUUGUUGAUUCAAAUGAAUGUCUUGAUUAUUUGAUGAAUGCUUCACUUGAACCAGCUCAUUUUAAUCCUGUUUAUUAUCUUGGAGUUGAUAAUAAAUCGAAAAAUGAGUAUAUUGGGAAAGAAAAAGAGGAUGAAAAAGAAGAAGACGAUGAAUAUAGUGAUAUUUUGACAGCUGAAUUAGGACCAGCUUUUGGUGAAUUAUCAAGUUACUUGAGAGGUGAUUUCGAUCAUGAAUAA